ACUCAAAGGUUUUCUCCCUGAGAGGCAUAACCCAGGCCAACUGAUUCAUCAGAAUCAGGUGAGUGUCACCUGCUCUCUUCCCUCCAGGCUGACUUGGGGACAGUGGCUAUGGUAUGGGCGGUGUUGGCCUCUGGGCAGCUACAGAGGAGGGUCAUCCCUGAGCAGUCACCGGGCGCCCGUUCUACACUGCCUGUGUAGACGAUUUUCUCUUUUGUCCUCAUGGUGGCUUCGUAGAGUGGGUGCUGUUCCCGAAUGUACCCAUUCGACAGGAAACUGGGCAUCUCUGUGGCCCUGAGCAUCCAAGGAGGCCGAUCGUACAGAGACCUCUGGUGCCUGACCGCAGUUCGCAUCCACAUCCCUGGAAUAGCCCAUCACAGGCUUUUCACCCUUGGCAAGUGGACACCAUUCACCCUGCCGGGGCAGGAUGGACAUGAUAGAGGACGCAGAUAGUUUGCAGGCACAGGAGCGGGAGGACAUAAUUAUGAAGUAUCAGAAGGGACACCGAGCUGGGCUGCCAGAGGACAAGGGGCCUGAGCCUGUUGAAAUCUACAGCAGCAUUGAUCGCUUUGGGAUUCUGCAUGAGACGGAGCUCCCUCCUGUGACUGCCCGGGAGGCAAAGCAAAUUCGGCAGGAGAGAAAAAGAAAGAACAAGUGGCUGGAGAUGCUGGGUGAAUGGGAGACAUAUAAAAACAGCAAAAAGCUCAUAGAUCACAUCUAUAAGGGCGUUCCCAUGAACAUCAGGGGCCCAGUGUGGUCAGUCCUCCUGAACAUUCAGGAAAUCAAGUCGAAAAACCCCAGAAAAUAUAAGAUCAUGAAGGAGAAGGGCAAGAGGUCAUCUGAACACAUCCACCAGAUCAACCUGGACGUGAGCAGGACUCUCCGGAACCAUGUCUUCUUCAAGGAUCGAUAUGGAGCCAAGCAGCGGGAACUAUUCUACAUCCUCCUGGCAUAUUCGGAGUAUAACCUGGAAGUGGGCUACUGCAGGGACCUGAGCCACAUCGCCGCCUUGUUCCUCCUUUACCUGCCUGAGGAGGAUGCAUUCUGGGCACUGGUGCAGCUGCUGGCCAGUGAGAGGCACUCCCUGCCAGGAUUCCACAGCCCAAAUGGUGGGACAGUCCAGGGGCUCCAAGACCAACAGGAGCAUGUGGUACCCAAGUCACAACCCAAGACCAUGUGGCAUCAGGACAAGGAAGGUCUAUGCGGGCAGUGUUCCUCGUUAGGCUGCCUUCUCCGGAUGUUGAUUCAAGGGAUCUCUCUCGGGCUCACCCUGCGCCUGUGGGACGUGUAUUUGCUGGAAGGAGGACAGGUGUUGAUGCCGAUAACAAGCAUUGCCUUUAAGGUUCAGAAGAAGCGCCUCAUGAAGACAUCCAGGUCUGGCCGGUGGGCACGUUUUCGGAACCAGUUCUUUGAUACGUGGGCCAUGGACGAUGACACUGUGCUCAAGCGUCUUAGGGCCUCUACGAAGAAACUAACAAGGACGCAAGGGGACCUGCCACCCCCAGCCAAGCCCGAGCAAGGGUCCUCAGCACCCAGUCCUGUGCCAGCUUCACGUGGCAGGAAGACCAUCUGCAAGGGGGACAGGCAGGCCCCUCCAGGCCCACCAGCCCGGUUCCAGUGGCCCAUUUGGCCAGCUUCUCCGCCAUGGGCACCUCGUUCUUCCACAUCCUGUCCUGGUGACGCUGUCUGGGAAGACACCUACCCUGUGGGCACUCAGGGUGUGCCCAGCCUGGCCCUGGCUCAGGGAGGACCUCAGGGUUCCUGGAGAUUCCUGGAGUGGAACUCGAUGCCUCGCCUCCCGACAGACCUGGAUGUAGGGGGCCCUUGGUUCCCUCAUUAUGAUUUCGAACAGAGCUGCUGGGUCCCUGCCAUAUCCCAGGAGGACCAGCUGGCCACCUGCUGGCAGGCUGAGCACUCUGCGGAGGGGAACUGCCUUACUCUUCUGGAUGAUGAGGAUCAUAGAUUGGAAUAUUUGAAAAUCCAGGAUGAACAACACCUGGUAAUUGAAGUUCACAACAAAGAUAUGAGUUGGCCUGAGGAGAUGUCUUUUAUAGCCAAUAGUAGUAAAGUAGAUAGACACAAGGUUCCCAUAGAAAAGGGAGCCACAGGUCUAAGCAACCUGGGAAACACAUGCUUCAUGAACUCAAGCAUCCAGUGCGUUAGUAACACACAGCCACUGACACAGUACUUUAUCUCAGGGAGACAUCUUUAUGAACUCAACAGGACAAAUCCCAUUGGUAUGAAGGGGCAUAUGGCUAAAUGCUAUGGUGAUUUAGUACAGGAACUUUGGAGUGGAACUCAGAAGAGUGUUGCCCCAUUAAAGCUUCAGUGGACCAUAGCAAAAUAUGCUCCCAGGUUUAAUGGGUUUCAGCAACAAGACUCCCAAGAACUUCUGGCUUUUCUCUUGGAUGGUCUUCAUGAAGAUCUCAACCGAGUCCAUGAAAAGCCAUAUGUGGAACUGAAGGACAGUGAUGGCCGACCAGACUGGGAAGUAGCUGCAGAGGCCUGGGACAACCAUCUAGGAAGAAAUAGAUCAAUUGUUGUGGAUUUGUUCCAUGGGCAGCUAAGAUCUCAAGUCAAAUGCAAGACAUGUGGGCAUAUAAGUGUCCGAUUUGACCCUUUCAAUUUUUUGUCUUUGCCACUACCAAUGGAUAGUGAUAUGCACUUAGAAAUAACAGUGAUUAAGUUAGAUGGUACUACCCCUGUACGGUAUGGACUAAGACUGAAUACGGAUGAAAAGUACACAGGUUUAAAAAAACAGCUGAGUGAUCUCUGUGCACUUAAUUCAGAACAAAUCCUUCUAGCAGAAGUACAUGAUUCCAACAUAAAGAACUUUCCUCAGGACAACCAAAAAGUAGGACUCUCAGUGAGUGGAUUUUUGUGUGCAUUUGAAAUUCCUGUCGCUGCAUCUCCAAUUUCAGCUUCUAGUCCAACACAGACAGAUUUCUUCUCUUCGCCAUCUACAAAUGGAACAUCCACCCUAACUACCAAUGGGGACCUACCCCGACCAAUAUUCGUCCCCAGUGGAAUGCCAAACGCUGUUGUGCCAUGUGGAACUGAGAAGAACUUCACAAAUGGAAUGGUUAAUGGUCACAUGCCAUCUCUUCCUGACGGCCCCUUUACAGGUUACCUCAUUGCAGUCCACCGAAAAAUGAUGAGGAAAGAACUGUAUUUCCUGUCACCUCAGGAGAAUAGCCCCAGCCUCUUUGGAAUGCCAUUGAUUGUUCCAUGUACUGUACAUACCCGGAAGAAAGACCUAUAUGAUGCGGUUUGGAUGCAAGUAUCCUGGUUAGCGAGCCCACUCCCACCUCAGGAAGCUAGUAAUCAUGCCCAGGAUCGUAUCGGCUGUCAAUAUCCAUUCACUCUACGAGUUGUGCAGAAAGAUGGGAACUCCUGUGCUUGGUGCCCAGAGUAUAGAUUUUGCAGAGGGUGUAAAAUUGAUUGUGGGGAAGACAGAGCUUUCAUUGGAAAUGCCUAUAUUGCUGUGGAUUGGGACCCCACAGCCCUUCACCUCCACUAUGAAAUGUCCCAGGAAAGGGUUGUAGAUAAGCAUGAAAGUGUGCAGCAGAGUCGGCGAGCGCAAGCCAAGCCCAUCAACCUGGACAGCUGUCUCCGUGCUUUCACCAGUGAGGAAGAGCUAGGGGAAAAUGACAUGUACUACUGUUCCAAGUGUAAGACCCACUGCUUAGCAACACAGAAGCUGGAUCUCUGGAGGCUUCCACCCUUCCUGAUUAUUCACCUUAAGCGAUUUCAAUUUGUAAAUGAUCAGUGGAUAAAAUCACAGAAAAUUGUCAAAUUUCCUCGGGAAAGUUUUGAUCCGAGUGCUUUUUUGGUAUCACGAGACCCAGCUCUCUGCCAGCAUAAACCAUUCACACACCAGGGGGAUGAGCUCUCCAAGCCCAGGAUUCUGGCAAGAGAGGUGAAGAAAGUGGAUGCACAGAGUUCGGCUGGGGAAGAGGACAUGCUCCUGAGCAAAAGCCCAUCCUCACUCAGCGCUAACAUCAGCAGCAGCCCAAAAGGUUCUCCUUCUUCAUCAAGAAAAAGUGGAACCAGCUGUCCCUCCAGCAAAAACAGCAGCCCUAAUAGCAGCCCACAGACUUUGGGGAGGAGCAAAGGGAGGCUCCGGCUGCCCCAGAUUGGCAGCAAAAAUAAACUGUCAAGUAGUAAGAAGAACUUGGAUGCCAGCCAAGGGAAUGGGGCUGGGCAGAUCUGUGAGCUGGCUGACGCCUUGAGCCGAGGGCAUAUGCAGGGGGACAGCCAACCAGAGCUGGUCACUCCUCAGGACCACGAGGUAGCUUUGGCCAAUGGAUUCCUUUAUGAGCAUGAAGCAUGUGGCAAUGGCUGUGGCAAUGGCUACAGCAAUGGUCAGCUUGGUAACCACAGUGAAGAAGACAGCACUGAUGACCAAAGAGAAGACACUCAUAUUAAGCCUAUUUAUAAUCUAUAUGCAAUUUCAUGCCAUUCAGGAAUUCUGAGUGGGGGCCAUUACGUCACUUAUGCCAAAAAUCCAAACUGCAAGUGGUACUGCUACAAUGACAGCAUCUGUGAGGAAUGUCACCCUGAUGAAAUUGACACCGACUCUGCCUACAUUCUUUUCUAUGAGCAGCAGGGGAUAGACUAUGCACAAUUUCUGCCAAAGAUUGAUGGCAAAAAGAUGGCAGACACAAGCAGUAUGGAUGAAGACUUUGAGUCUGAUUACAAAAAGUACUGUAUGUUACAGUAAAGCUACCACUCUGGCUGCUAGACAGCUUGGUGGUGAGGGAGAUGACUCCUUGCCAAGCUGUACUUGGCAAAAAUGUCACUGAAAGGCAAGCUAAAUGUAGUUAUUUUAUCCUGUUAGAAUACAAAUUCUAAUUAAAAUAGUUAACUUUAAGAGUAGCAAUAAUUUUAUUUUAAAGUCUCAUACAAGUUGUCCGAUAGAGAACUUUCAGACAGAUCCCACCAUUAGCCUGCAAACAAAAGGUUUGGCACCAGCCACCUGGGACCAAAUAAGAAUUCAAUUGUGCUUGUCCAGAUAUGAACAAAUAUGUAGUGAGUAUAGAGUUUACCAAUAAUCAUAACAAAUAUUAAAGAUUUCCUUGGAGUCAAAGUAAAAAACAAAAAAUUGUAAUGUUGUCUAGGGAUGACAUGAUAUGCUACCUCCUUCUUCCCGAAGUUUAUUCGAUUAUAUUGACAAGAUGGAGAAAGCCAGAUCAUGAAGGUGUGCAAAUGAUUCUUACGGCACGGGCGAGGAUUUUUCAAUUUAUUUUUUAAAGUUUCCAUACCCUUUCUUUGUCUUUCUUGCUUUUUGUUUUUGCUGUUGUGUUUAUGUUUGAGGCACAACCAGUCAUUGGUGGCAGGGGCAUAGAGUGGUCAGUCUGAAAGGGAGGCUCUCUUAAGAGCUAUGUGCCUUCCACCCAGAGGGAGACCCAGUAGAAAGAAAAACAUCCUGGGAAAUCCAGCUACCAUGGCCCUCCCAGUGGAGGCAUCUUACAUUUAGGAUACUUCAAGUAUCCUCAGAAAUGUAUUCUGCACCCCUGGCCCUGCCCAUGCUGAGGGAAGGGGAGCAGUUGCCAAUAUUUGCAGCAUCUUCACGUGCACAUGUUGCAACAAGAGCUUCUGGGAAAGUAAGCGGCAUCAGAGCUAGAUCACGUUUCGCAAUUAGUGGUUGUUCUUUUCUGUGUUUAUUUUGCACUUUAAAAAAGAGAGAACACAUGCAAAUGAACUUGCUUGUGUGUAUUUGGUGGCUCUAAGGGCUAUAAAUUACAAACAAAACACGUCCCAGACAUUAGGAGUUCAUAAGUAUAUUUAAUGAAAUUGGUGGUUUUAGGAAGUCAACUUUAGUUUUGCUUUGUUUGCAUGUUCACUAAUUUUUUUAUUUUGAUAUUUGCCUUUUUUUUAAAUUUUACAGUAGUCAUUGAAGGUUAUGUUUCUUUGUUUACUUUGUUUUUGCUCUAAUUAUUCAAGACUGGAACAAAAGUAUAAAUAUUAUUUAUUUCAGGUAGAGUUUUUUUCAUGUAGUUUUUUAAUACAUACUUGAAGGAAAUGUUUCACCUUAUUUUUGGGCUUUGUUUAUUCAUUUAGACCUUGCAAGUUGAUUCUCAUUAACUGUCAGAUUCCACUAGCCUUUCUUCCUCAUAGGUAGUAAUUACCAGUGUAACUAAGCAUUUGCGUUCUGAUAUCUGAGGCCAGUAACCAUGAAUAUCUAGUUCUCAGAGCAUUUGGAAAGGUUAUCUGAAAUGGCUACCUAAAUUGAAAUCCUUUUCAGAAAAAAUAUAAUUGCAAGUAGGUAGGAGUGGCCUAAAUUGUCUAAUGUAAUAAAGUCAGACAAAAUGCAUACUUUAUAGUUUCAAGAUUUUCAGUAUAUAAAAUCUGUCCAUUCCUACCUGGACAUGUCCCAUUAAAAAGUGGAAGAUUUUAAAUAAUUUCUUUACAGAUGUUUUAUUUAAGCAGGUAGCACAAUCUACUAAUGUUGUUUGCUCUGUGUUUGUUAUACUGGUUGUAAUUAAUUUUUUUAAUUCAUGAACUAGCUGAAAAUUUAUUAAAUUAUUAACUACAUUCAUCUUGUAAAUUACUGUAUAAAACUUGUUGACAAUGCACUGGCUUUAGAAAGAUGUUAAUGUACAUAAAUAGAGUGUAAAUAAAAUAGUGUUGAUGUACUGAAAUAUGAACUGUAUAAAAAGUAUUGGUAAUUGUAUAUGGGUGUACCUGUUUAUCUGUAACUGUUAUCCAAACGAAUUAAAUACUGUGGAUGCCCCUAUGUGCUGUUUUUCCUCAUACAAGUAAACACAGAA